AUGCUCCCGGGUCACAGAGGCGCUGGGCCCUAGGCCAGCCUCUGCCUGAGAAAUUCCCUCUGGGAACGUCUUCUGGUGGGUACUACAGGCCUGAUUCCAGGCCCUAUGGCCUGUGGAACUGCACCACUGGGGGGAAGGCUGGGCCGGACAGAGUCAUCACCUGUGGUGCCGGCCCCAUGGAGGAGGUGGAGUGGACUCGAAGACCCAAGCCUGAGGAGCUAAGGGUUGGGCUCAUCAGCUGGGCAGGAUCCUACCUCACUUUUGAGGCAUAUAAGAACACGGUCACUGCUACUGCAAAGGGCUUGGGCCGGAGACAGACCUGGGAGAUCUUGGUGAGCAAUGAGCAUGACGCACAGGCGGUGGUCCGACUACGAGGCUUGCAAGGCCUUUACCUCUUGUGCGAGGCAGACGGCAGUCUAUGCUACGGCCGGCCCAGGACCAGCCACCACGGGUGCUUCCUCCUGCGUUUCCACCGCAAUGGCAAGUGGACCCUCCAGUGCAUAAUUAGUGGCCGUUACCUGGAGUCUGACGGUGAAGAUGUGUUCUGCAACUCCAGGGUCCUCUCAGCCUACCACAUGUGGACUCCCCGUCCGGCCCUGCACGUCCACGUGAUCCUCUACAGCCCUGUGAACCACUGCUAUGCCCGGGCUGACCCCACUAUGGGCCGUGUCUGGGUGGAUGCGCCCGUUCCCUGCCUGGAGGAAUGUGGCUUCCUGUUGCAUUUCCAAGAUGGAUGCUACCACCUGGAGACCUCAACACACUUCUUCUUGUCCCACGUAGACCGGCUGGUCCCCCAACCCUCAGCACAGACGGCUUUUCACAUGCAGGUGCGGCCGGGAGGGCUCGUGGCCCUGAGCGACGGAGAAGGAGGCAUGCUGUACCCGCAGGGCACACGCCUGCUUCUGGGCCUGGGCUCCAAUCCCCACAGGGGUGAGGAGUGGUUCGUCCUACAGCGAUGUCCCACCUGGGUCAGCCUCAGGUCCAAGACUCGGAAGUUCCUCUCCAUCGUCUAUGAUGUUGAGGUAUGCGCUGCCUCUGAGCACAUAACCCCAAUGUCCUUGUUCCAGUUUGAAUGCGACGAUGAGAGCCCCACCUUGCAGCUUCGUGCAGCCAAUGGCUGCUACCUAGCCCAGAGGCGCCACAGAACAGUGGUGGCUAAUGGGCACCCCAUGGAGCCUGAUACCUUCUUCCGAGUGCACUGGAAUUGUGGCAAGAUCAUCCUGCAGUCUCCCAAUGGACGCUUCUUGGGCAUCAUAGACAAUGGCCUGCUGAUGGCCAAUGCCACCAUCCCAGGCCCCAAUGAGGAAUUUGGGAUUCGAUUAGCUAACCGGCCCUUCCUUGUACUGCGAGGUCGUUAUGGGUACGUGGGCACGUCCUCAGAGCAUGACCUCAUGAAGUGCAAUAUGGACCAGCCCGACUGUAUCCACCUGCUGCCUUGCCGCCAGGGCAUCUACCACUUCCAGGGGUGGAUCCUUCUGGUCAAUAACAUCCUUCGGCACCUUUCGUCCUUGGGGGAAGUUUGCUCUCAACUUCUGUAUAGAGCUUCACGGGAGCAACCUGCUCACGGUGCUGGCACCCAAUGGCUUCUAUAUGCGAUCCGACCGAAGCGGCACCCUGUUGGCGGACAGCGAAGAGAUUACCAAAGAGUGUAUUUGGGAGUUUUAGGUCAAUGGGAUGCCACCUAUGGAAAUCCAAAUCCUCCAGGAGAAACUACUGCACUAAACACAACAGGAACCCCAGAGUCAAGAUCCAUGAGAAUAUCUGUUACACAACUUUCCCUACCCAGUUUAGCAAAACACCUGUUUCGAGCAACAAUACACAAAAGGCCACCCCCAAGACCCCUUGUGUGCAUCUGACUCAGUACAGAAUAAGGUCUGGAGGUGGGUGGAGUCCAAGGCCCCAAGCCCCCCGCAAGUUCAAUCCGGAAGAGGCAAGACCAGAUGGUAACCAAUGCUUCCACUGAUCUUCCCCCAUCCCCACAGGACCACUAGAAUUUUUCCAGUAAUCAUGUGAGAAGCCAGUUUCGCCCUGAAGGAUGCAGAAUCCAGAAAUGAUUAGAUGUCCUUUGGGUUUUGAAAGAAUGAGGGAUUAUGAGUCCUACGGGCACAGGGUAAUGAUCGUGACACACCUUAUGCCUCGAUAGCCUGAAAUUUACCAAUCAUUUCCCCUUUGAUCUUGGCAGUUGGGCAAGACAGGUACUUUCCCUGUCAUCGCCCACCUUUUACAGGGAGUUGAAGUGAGGGUCCCAUGACUGGGAGCUCUGACUCAAUUCUUCAAUUAGGGGAUUAUAAUGUCCACUACUCUUUCCAUCAAAACCAAGCUUCCACAAUGAACAUCAUUCUUGUACUGUCUUUAUAACUUUGGCCUUC